ACAGAAUUAAAGAUGGCGUCCUCCAUUAUAAUUUCUCCAGCAGUGGUAGUAGUUACCAUUACCAGUAUCAUGAUGAUAAUGUUAUUCUCUCUUGCCAAUGCAUUAUCAUCACCAUCUUCAUCAACUGAUGAGGCAGAGGCUCUGCGCAGCACCGGUUGGUGGAAUUCUACCUCUGCUCAUUGCGACUGGGAUGGUGUAUAUUGCAAUGAUGCCGGAAGAGUGACUCGAAUCUCCCUUUACGAUUCAGGAAAAGAAUUGGGUGAGCUUAGCAAAUUGGAGUUUUCUUCAUUUCCCAGCCUGGUUGUGCUCUGGCUUGAUGACUGUGGACUCAAUGGUAGCAUCCCACACCAAAUAGGUACUCUUACUCAACUCACUGUUCUUUCUCUCGGUCGUAACAAUCUUACAGGUGAGCUACCUCUUUCCUUGGCUAACCUCACUCAGUUGGAGUACCUCGUCCUUUAUUCUAAUCUACUACAUGGUUCGAUUCCUCCUGAAAUUGGGAAAAUGAAGGAUCUGAUUUAUUUUAUUCUUCUUGAUAACAACCUUACCGGUGUCAUCCCAUCAUCUUUUGGUAAUCUUACCAAUCUGACUCAUCUUUAUCUUUAUGGUAAUCAAAUGGGUGGUUGUAUCCCUCCUCAAAUUGGGAAAAUGAAGAAUCUGAAGCUUUUGAAUUUGGGUUAUAACAACCUUACUGGUGUCAUCCCUUCAUCUUUUGGUAAUCUUACCAAUCUGACUUAUCUUUAUCUUGAUAGUAAUCAAAUAAGUGGUUUUAUCCCUCCUCAAAUUGGGAAAAUGACAAACCUAGAGUUGCUUGAACUUUCUUAUAACGGACUACAUGGUCCAAUUCCUCCUGAAAUUGGGAAAUUGAAGAACCUGGAGUUGCUCGAACUUUCUUAUAACGGACUACAUGGUCCAAUUCCUCCUGAAAUUGGGAAAUUGAAGAAUCUGAAUAUUUUGAAUUUGGGUUAUAACAACCUUAUUGGUGUCAUCUCUUCAUCUUUUGGUAAUCUCACCAAUCUAACUUCUCUUACUCUUGGAGGUAAUCAAAUCAGUGGUUUUAUCCCUCCUGAAAUUGGGAAAAUGAAGAAUCUGAUUUUUUUUAAUCUGGGUUAUAACAGCCUUACUGGUGUCAUCCCUUCAUCUUUUGGUAAUCUUACCCAUCUAACUUCUCUUAUUCUUAGAGGAAAUCAAAUCAAUGGUUCCAUCCCUCCUGAAAUUGGGUAUCUUUUGGAUUUAUUAUAUCUAGAUCUCAGUACGAAUCAAAUAGGUGGUUUCAUCCCUGAAGAAAUAGUGAAUUUGAAGAAAUUGGGUCAUCUAGACAUCAGUAAUAACUUAAUAAGUGGAAAGAUACCUUUAGAGUUGGGAAAUUUGAAAGAAGCAAUAUACUUCAAUCUCUCCCACAAUAACCUCUCUGGCACCAUUCCUCCUUCUAUUUCAAAUAACAUGUGGGCGUUAUUUGAUUUAUCACACAAUCAAUUGGAGGGUCAAUCUAUAGCUCCACUAGAGGCAUUUGACCACAACAAAGGUUUAUGUGAUGGAAUCAAAGGUCUUUCGCAUUGCAAGAAAAGACACCAAGUCAUACUCAUCAUUGUUGUUUCUUUAUCUGCAACCUUGUUGCUUUCAGUUGCAAUCCUUGGGUUUUUAAUCCAUAAACGGAGGACUAGAAAAAAUCAAUUAUUGGAGACAACAAAGGUGAAAAAUGGAGAUCUAUUUUCCAUAUGGGACUAUGAUGGUGUGAUUGCUUAUCAAGACAUCAUCCAAGCAACCGAGGAUUUUGACAUCAAAUAUUGCAUAGGCACUGGAGGCUAUGGGAGUGUUUAUAGAGCACAGCUGCCUUCCGGGAAGGUGGUUGCUUUGAAAAAACUUCAUGGAUGGGAAAGAGAGGAUCCAACUAGCUUGAAAAGCUUUGAAAAUGAAGUUCAAAUGCUAUCAAGAAUACAACACCGUAACAUUGUGAAACUUCAUGGCUUCUGUCUACAUAAAAGAUGCAUGUUUCUAGUUUACAAAUAUAUGGAAAAAGGAAGCUUGUAUUGUAUGCUAAGGGAUGAAGUUGAGGUUGUGGAAUUGGAUUGGAUUAAAAGGGUGAAUGUUGUUAAAGGCAUUGCUAAUGCUUUAUCUUACAUGCAUCAUGACUCUACCCUGCCUAUCAUUCAUCGAGACAUAUCAAGUAACAACAUUCUUCUAGAUUCCAAGCUUGAAGCUUUUGUAGCAGAUUUUGGCACUGCAAGAUUGUUAGAUCCUGAUUCAUCCAAUCAAACCCUUCUUGCAGGCACAUACGGAUAUAUUGCACCAGAGUUUGCCUAUACUAUGGUUGUGACUGAAAAAUGCGACGUUUAUAGCUUUGGGAUGGUAGCAUUGGAGACAAUAAUGGGAAAGCAUCCAGGAGAUCUUGUCACCUCAUUAUCAUCUUCAUCAACUCAAAACAUAACAUUAAAGGAUGUAUUAGAUUCUCGUCUUUCAUCUCCUAAAAGUCCACGAGUUGCUAAUGACGUAGCUCUUGUAGUAUCAUUGGCACUCAAAUGUCUCCAUUGUAAUCCACGAUUUCGUCCGUCUAUGCGACAAGUGUCUUGGAGACUUAUCGCUAGCAAGUCAUUUCCACAACCCAUUGGUGCAAUAUCACUUUUGCAAUUGAAAAAUGAAGAAAUUUAAAUGUCAUGUGAGUUGAUAUGUAAUUGGAAGGAACAUUUUAUUUUAUUUUUAUCAUUUUCCUUCGUCAUAUUAGUAAUAAGAAAUUUAUAGUA